AUGGUUCGUAAGUGUUCACGCGUCCAGUGGUACAGUAUUGCCAAGAAAGCUUCAUCUACCAGAGAAAUCAAAGAAAUCAAUCAGGAGAUUCUCAGGUUCUGUCAGAUUGAGUUACAGUUUAUUCAGCUUAGGAACCAGUUGCAGUCUAAGCUUUCGAUGGAAAGCGUGACUAGGAAAAUCGACCUAUUGAGUGAUAGAGGGUAG